AUGACAGAGGAAGUACUGCCUGACAGUGUGCAGCUGAAGAACGGGCGCUGGACGGGCGUGCUGGGAGAGCUGAUAAACGGGACGGCCGACUUCUCGCUGGUGCUCACCCAGAACUACGCUCGCAGCGGCGUCAUCCGCUUCAUCCGCAUCUACGCCAUCGACCCGUUUGUGUUCGUCACGAGCCCUGCUCAGCCGCUGCCGCAGUGGCUCUCCAUCUUCCGACCAUUCGAAACGCCGCUCUGGUUGGUCACCAUCGCAUCCACGGUCAUCUCCGGCUGCCUGGCCUUCAUGUUCACGCGGCUGCACCCGCAGCCCGAGCGGCGCUUCUCGCUCGGCCUGUCCAUCUUCAACUCGUACGGCGCCAUGUGCGAGAACGCCCAGCACCGUCUGCCGGCCAACUCAAUCGCCGCCCAGGUACAGAACCAGAGUCGUCUGCCGACCAACUCCACCGCCGCCCAGGUUAGCGCCAAGCCAGAGUCGUCUGGUCGCUCAAGUUUGCACUAA